UAGGGUUCGGAAACAAACCACGUAGCUCCUGAUCCCGAAAAUUAACGGGUCAGAUUAAAUAAUCUGUUACGAGUCUCAACUAUUAAAAGGACAGUGAUAACGAGGAAGAAAAGACUUUUUUCUUUGGUUUCGAGGAAAACAGAGGAGAGAGAGACGGUGAUCGUAGAGGUUUAUCAUCGGUUUCGAAACGGGGAUUUGAUUUGAAUCGGCGUUUCUGGAGUUCGAAUCGGCAUGGCUGAGACCCAGCACCACCACGAGGAAUCGUUGCUGGAGAAGAUAACCGAUAAGAUCCACGGCCACGAUUCGUCGUCGUCGUCGUCGUCCUCCGAUUCCGACGACGACAAGAAAAGCGAAGCGCAGUCGUCCUCGUCAUUGAAGUCCAAGAUUUACAGGCUCUUCGGGAGGGAGAAGCCCGUGCACAAGGUCCUUGGCGGUGGAAAACCGGCCGAUAUUUUCUUGUGGAGGAACAAGAAGGUAUCUGCAGGAGUGCUUGGAGUUGCCACGGUCAUAUGGAUACUGUUUGAAUUGGUUGAAUACCAUUUGCUCACACUUGUUUGCCACUUGUUGAUUCUUGCUCUCGCUUUGUUGUUCUUGUGGUCCAACGCUUCAACCUUCAUUAACAAGUCUCCACCCCGCUUGCCGGAUGUCUAUAUCCCCGAGGACCCUGUUCUGCAGGUUGCUGCCGCGCUUAGGAUUGAGAUCAAUAGAGGUUUGGCUAUCCUACGCGAAAUCGCAUCAGGGAGAGAUCUGAAGAAGUUCCUUUCCGUGAUUGCUGGCUUGUGGGUUCUGUCUGUAGCGGGAAAUUUGUUCAACUUCUUGACCUUGUUCUACACAGCAUUUGUUUUGCUUUUUACCGUGCCGGUGAUUUAUGAGAAAUACGAGGACAAGGUGGAUCCGUUUGCUGAGAAGGCAAUUAUUGAGAUCAAGAAGCAGUACAAAGUGUUUGAUGCAAAGGUUUUGAGUAAGCUUCCUAGGGGGCCAUUGAAGAAAGACUGAAGCGGUCGAUCUGACCACGCCUGUUUCUAUUUGCUGACUUAUAUAAUGUUAUAUUGGGUAGCUGUAUUUUGCGGGGUGUUGUUAUAAGUGCUUUUCUUUUUAAUCCAUGAUUGGCUAGAACCCUCCUCUCUCCUUUUGUUUUUCCAGGUGUUUGGGUUCUCAUUGUGGUUGGAUGGUUUUUCUGGAAUCUUUUUCUAUACUUGUUUUUUCCUGCGUAUAUUGUGUUACUCAUGGAAUUUGCUAGAACUAAAUAUAAUUUGCGUACUUGUGUUAGCAUAAUGUAAAUUUGAAAUUUGUUUC